UCAGUUGAAUUCGCAAUGCAGUCGCGACAAGUUCUAGUUCUAGUUUUAGUUGCUCUCACAAUUUAUGAUGUACGCACAAAAGAUGUUCAGGAAUGUGAAGAGUUAUCCCAUAAGAACUUUGUUUGCUAUGAGAUCGAGAGCUUUGCGCAACUGCAGCAUUAUGUGCAAGAGGAUUGGCAAAGCGUGAAAAUUGUCAACGGACACAAGGCCAUCGAAAGUGAUGACCAAAUUCUGGACAAGAUGUCGAAGCUGCGUCAACUGGAUCUAUCGGAGGCAGGAGGAGUGUCGUUGGGCGAACGUGGCUUGAGAGAUUUAAUAGCACUGCAACAGCUCAACUUAUCACACAAUGAAUUGGAUGAGCUGCACGCUAAGCACUUUGCUGACAAUGCGUCUUUGGUCAGCUUGGAUGUCAGCCACAAUGACUUGCAGUUCAUUGGACGCACACUAAUGAAGCAGCUGUCAAAUCUCGUCUACGCCAAUUUCUCGAAUAAUGCAAUAGCCAGCGUUGAGGCGGAUGCCUUCAAGGGGCAACUGUACUUGCAGCACCUCGACCUCAGCACCAAUGAGCAGGAGAACAUAACCAUUGGCAGUAAUGCCAAUCUGCGUUAUUUAUCCAUCAGCAACAACAAUGUGCGAGAUUUCCCUUGGUGUCGUCUGCGUGGAUUGCCAAAGCUUGAAGAGCUGCAUUUGCACAGCAAUUGGCUGGAGACGCUGGACAUGGCCAUCUUCUAUUCCCUGCCUCGACUUCGAGUGCUCAACGUGCCGAACAACAACAUCUACAUAAUACAACGGAACCUAUUCGUAGGUCCAUCGCCUGAUGGUUCACCUCUUUUACAAGUGCUCGACUACAGUGCAAAUAAUGUGAAAGUAUUGGAGGAAGAACUCUUCAACAGGUUGCAAUGUCUGGAGUCACUUGAUCUGCACUACAAUCAAAUAUCAAAGAUCUCUGCAACGGCUUUUAGAGGUUUGACCAAAUUGAAAUCGCUGCACUUGCAGGACAACAGUAUUCGACAGCUGCCCGAUGGAGUUUUUGGCAAUUUGACUUCGCUGCAGUUGCUCGACGUGAGCAAGAACAACAUCAAACAAGUGUCGGCGAAUGUGUUUGGCGACCGAGUGUUGCGGCAACUAAGUCAGCUUGACUUUAGCCACAACAACAUCGAGGAACUGCAUCCGUUGGCCUUCUCCUCGCUGCCGUACUUGCAACAGCUGCGUUUGGGGCGCAACAAGUUGAUUUCUCUAGACAUUCGCAUGUUUGCCCCACUGCGUCGCCUGCAGCUGUUGUCGCUGAGUGAGAAUCGCCUGACGGAUAUCGAGCGGGAUGUGCUCGACACGCUGGACAAAUUAAGCGAGCUGGAUAUCAACAACAAUCAGCUAACCUUUCUGCCUGCCACCUUGGAGUUGCCGCAGCUGCGACGCAUCCGCAUCGAGGGCAAUCCCUGGCAGUGCCUCUGCCUCGAUGAGCUUACAGCCUGGCUGCAUGGUCGUGGCGUGAGCUAUGCGAGUGCCAACAGCGCCUACUACAGUGGCCGGAAAGCACUCUGCGUUGUCACGCCCCUUGGACAAUGCAUCAGGGACUUGGAGGCGGUGCGCGCGCACCGCAUUGUUGAGAGCUAUGAGGAGAUUUGAGGUGGCUGGCGAUGGAGCCAUAAAUCAAUAGCACUAAAUGCUAGUGGAGACUCAGGAGGUUGGAGUGUUGUGGCCUUCGUAAAUCACAGACAAAUGAAUGACCAUCAGGCGCAAAAGUUUUGCUGGCCAAAGUAUUUGGCCAACUGUCGUAAAACAAUAAAACAGAAAGAAGCCACACAACAAACCGGAAGUGAGGGGAGAGUGGAAAGUAGGGGGAGAGGGAAAGCAAUGGCACAGAUUUUCAAAUACUUAACACCACUUAGGCGAACAGUUGGACAAAUGACAAUGACACAGAGAGGAAUGGAGUGGAAUGAAAUGCUUCACACGACAUUCUCGAUUGUCGAGCGUAAUUUAACGUAAGAAUUUUUAUUAAAAUUGUGCGAUUUGUUUUGAGGCAGUUUGAGGC